ACGACUGGUUCCAGUCACCCACUGUGCCUUUGAAGAUCGAGUUAAUAUUACUUAGUUCCUCAUUUAGUUUCGUGGAUAUUUCGGCGGCGUCCUGCUGCAAUUGCUGAUCAGGCAUGUCGUCUUUGGAUAAUUGUUCUAUCAAAAAUCCGAGAGCCUCGUUUAAUUUAAGCGACAUUAUUCAGAAUUUCGCAAUUUUUAAAAAAACUUCGCAACUUUGUGUUCUCAAACUAGAGAUGGGAUUUCCUUCGAUUUAAAAAAAUCCGAUGGAUCUCACAUGCAACCAUAAAUCACGGUGACCACAGGAAUGUGAUAUUUCGAUAAGUCCUUUUACAAAGAUGUCUCAUCCCCAAUUUCUGAAGUGACGCAGCAAAUUGAACUUUCGAUUUCAAUCCAAUUUUGGUUUUCCCCUAAUUAAGUCGAAGAAAAAUCACAACUUUCGCAAUGUCGCUUAAAUUGGACGAGGCACUUGAAUUGCUUAUAGAAAAUAUGGCAAAAAACCCGACUCCUGGGCAGCAACUUUAUGACCACGCUGCAAUCGAAAUAGCCGAGAAGAUAAAUCAGGAAUUCACCAACAUCAAUUCCAUUUUCAAGGGUACAAUGCAGAACUUGGACAAGACAUAUGCCUUUUUUUGCAAUCCUAUUCCUAAAAUAGUGAAUGGGUUUCUUAAGAUUAAGAUGCCCUUCAAAACAGAGCCUCAGCGAGCUCAUCCUUAUGACAACUGCGAAGCUGUUUACCUGAAAACUUCUGUAAAUCAUCCAGCAGUUAGGAAUGGAUACGUGAUCGCCGAUAAACUAAUUAACCUGUUUCAUAUAGAUCUGAGCAGAGUUAUCGACCGGAUUUCUCAGGUCGUUUGUAAAAGCGAAAAAUCCUUUAGCCUAAGCCUUGAUACGGAUAAUUGGCAUACCUUUACAAUUAAAACUGUUGAGUCUGGGCAUGGCAAAGAAAUGAUUUAUUUUAUUUUCGGUCUACUGUUCAGUUUCUCUAAUGACUCCGACUAUUAUUUCAUCAAGGAAAAUAAGUUCUUCCAUGAAAAGUAUGGUAGAAAUCCAAACGAUAUGCGAACCAUACAUAUGGUAGUGCAUACUUUAUUGACACAAUUAAAAGUAAUUCACACUUCGCCGAUCCAUCCUGGCUCGAACAUAUUUUAUUCGAUUGACUGGACUUCAGCUACCAGUGCCGGUGAUACUUUGCUUGAGGUUAUAAAGUUUAUCAUUCCGAAAUCAACCAAUCCCGGUCCCUUGAAACGCAUUUAUGAAAAACUAUUGAUGCUUAAAAAAUCGGACUCUGUGGAAAUGGCAGAGCUAAAAGCUCUUUUCCACUUACAUUAACACGAGACAAGAUGACAAAGAAAACAUUCCAAUUUAUAGUUUUUU